AUGACUAUUAUUAUUUAUUACUACUAUUGUUAUCUAUUAUUAUUAUUAUUAUUAUUAUUAUUAUUAUUAUUAUUAUUAUUAUUAUUAUUAUUAUCAUCAUCAUUAUUAUUAUUACUAUCGUUAUUAUCAUCAUUAUUAUCAUUAUUAAUAUUAUUAUUAUUAUUAGCAGCUAUCGAAAAGAAACGUUUGCUUCCUGAAAGCCAAUAA